GGCAGAAGUGCAAGCGACUGGUGUCAAACACCAUCGCUGAAGAGGGAGCAACAGAAGGUGUGCAGGAGAGAAUGACAGUCAGUUUGAUUAAACAACACAUUUAAACUGUGUUUGUGGGAGAAGAAAGUGGUUUAAUUGAUGAGAAACAGCAGGUUGUUUCAGUUGAGCAAGUGAAACUCUGGUUUUUACUACAGCUGAAGAAUGGGUGAGUCCAGUAUCUGCCAAGUGAGAGCAACAGUCAUGCUGUAUGAUGACACCAACAAGCGCUGGGUACCAGCAGGAUCUGAUACUCCUUCCUACAGCCGUGUCCAGAUCUUUCACAAUCAAGGGGCCAACACCUUUAGAGUGGUGGGGCGGAAACUCCAGGCAGACCAGCAGGUGGUGAUCAACUGUCCAAUAAUCAAGGGGAUGAAGUAUAAUCAAGCCUCACCAAACUUUCACCAGUGGAGGGACCCCAAGCAAGUGUGGGGGCUGAACUUUGGCAGCCAAGAGGAUGCUGCUCUCUUUGCCAGUUCCAUGAGGCAUGCAUUAGAGACUGUCGGCAAACCUGCUGGCCCAGUUCAGAGCCCUCAGGUCCCUGUUGCUGCCCCAUCCUCUCCUGCUACUCCUGCACCUCCAACCCCAGUGACUGCCUCAGGGCCACCCCCAGCACCUCCAGCACCCCCAGCACCUCCAGGACCCCCAUGCCCACCUGCACCUCCUCCUCCUGGGGGCAUGGUGCCACCAGCACCACCCCCGCCCCCACCCCCGCCCCUAUCUGGUGGUGGUGGUGGAGCUGGAGCUGGAGCUGGAGCUGGGGCUGGAGCUGGGGCCGGAGGGGGGAACGAUCUGGCUGCAGCUCUUGCAGGGGCUAAACUGCGUAAAACUGUUAAGGAUGAGGGAGGAGGGGCAGCCCAAGAAACCAAACCAGCAUCAGGUGGAAGUGGAGCUGGGGGUGGAGGUGGAGGUGGAGGUGGAGGUGGAGGUCUCAUGGGAGAAAUGAGUGCUAUUCUUGCUAGAAGGAGGAAAGCUGCCGAUGUUCCUGCUCCAAAAAAAGCAGAACUUUCCAGAGAAGAUUCGGACUGCUCAAAAUCCGCAGGUGCAGAAGAAAGUAAUGGAAAGGCCAAGGAGAAAUCUCCCUGCACUCCAAGGCCUAAAUCCUCAUCCAUCAAUCAAAGGGACUCCACAUCUCCCUUCUCCAACUCUGCAAAUGCCCCACUGUCCAGGACCAAAGUGCCGGGAAAGGGCUCGGAUGGUGUAGGAAGUCAUAUUGAUAUGGAACAAAUCAAGCAGGAAAUUGUGGAAGAAGUGAGAAAAGAACUUCAAAAAGUAAAGGAUGAGAUCAUCAAAGCAUUGACUGAGGAGCUGCGAGGUGCCAGCCAGAGUGAAGAGUGAACAGUCCAAAAGACUGUAAUGGAUCAAGAAAACGUUGAAUAGAUGAUGAUUAGAUGCUCAGGCAGUUGUGUUUUUUUUUGACUGAGCAAAAAGAUCAUGGUACAGGUUGAAGCUAAUACAGAUAUUUAUACUCAUUACUGCUCAGACUCUCAGAAAUCAAUCAAGGAGCCGUUAUUCAUAUUAUUACAUAAGAAAAUACAGACACAAGAAUAUGGUACAAAACAGCAAAAUUGAUUUAUCUGAAAAGAGUAAGAACUAUAAUAUUUAAUAAUCAGUUGUUGUUUUUGUUGUUGUUUUUGGAGUCGCCCUUCAGUUUACCAGACAGAUUUUAUUCCAACAGAGAAAACAUUUACAAGAACACAGUGGAAAAUGGGAAUGAGAAAACAUCCCAUUCAUCACCAAAAAAUAUGAAUAAAACAAUGAAAACAAAU